AUGGCAGCUCCUAGUAUGACAUCUGCACUACAGACCAGAGGACUGGACUUGUCCGCGAUCAAUAUCGCUCGUUAUCAUGUUGGUGGACCCGGUCAUCUUCCCCCGUCGCCGUCCACUGUCGUCGUCGAGCUACUUGCGCAAACUUUUGGAAACCGUUCCCCCAACGGUGGAUCUACACAGAGUAAUCGAGAUAGGGUUCUUUUCCCGGUAUCUGAUUUGAUCAUCGCCGUGGAGGGUAUCCAAGAACCGCCAUCACCGAUCACAGGGACAGCCGGCCAAGUUUUCCAACUCUCGUCCGUUGUUGGUUCCCGAUACUGGCUUUAUUAUUGUGGUGGGUGCAACAACCCGGUCGCAUGCGUUCGCCCCUCGAUGGGCCAUAGAGAACAGGCUACUGGGAAGCUCACGAAGUUGGAGGGCGACUCCUUGCGACAUCGCAUCACCUCCCCUUCCUAUCAGCAGCUCCAAUGUCUAAUAAAUAUGGAGAACCCUAGCUUAUCUUUCUUGGCUAGCUACCGGCCAUUCUGAGGGCAAUACAGAGUAACUGCUGAUUACACCAUCUUCCAGGGUGGCGGGGUUAACGAGGCUUUGAGUGAAUCCGAGUUCUUUGGAGGAAUACAAACAGUUGACUCUUGCGGUUGAGAUGGAGAAGAAAGUCCACGGAAGUGGGAACUGAGUUAAUUCGCGCUAAGUUAACUACCGGAUAAUGUUGGGCCCAACCAAGUAGGUCAACUGGGUAACUAGCCAAGAUGCUGUCGCUGCUCUGUAGUUGCUGGACGGAUAAAAUGUGCUAUCAUACAUAUAUAUAUAUAUAUAUAUAUAUGUGUGUAUAUCAAGGUGGUUAACCCGAGCUAAUGGAUUGAUCCAUCUGGUCUAGUCUCAUUAUUGAAGCAGCUGUAUACACCAAGC